AUGGGGAGAGAAAAACGUACACAGCCCGGCCCUCGUGGUGCGGCCAAGGAUCGACACAAGAAAGCUGGCAAGGUCAGCAAGCCCAUUGACCGCAGCGCGCCGCUGCCGCCAGGGCUUGUCGCCGCAAAACCAGUCAAGGCGAUCACCAAUACCAAGCACCAAUCUUAUUUCGAGUUCAUCGAGAACAAAGAGAGGAAGAAGCCGUUGCUUCUCGAGAACACAACGAACACGGACCCGCCACCCGGCAUGAGGUACAUUCCCAUCGGGAAUCCUGAACUGACCGAACGAUGCCAGGACAUCUCAAGAGAGCUGGGCGCUUCGGUCUAUAUUGUGACAAAGGCCAAGAAGGAUGCAUCGGACUUAAGCCUUCAGAUCCACCGAGUCGGGUAUCACAUUCGCGAAAACAUCGUGGACCGGGCAUUAGCCGAGCUUGGGCUGCAUGAUGUCUACGUCCCCGAACUCAUCGGGCAAGGAGACGGUGGGCUGGUAGAAAAAAUUCCCGACGGCCAAGACGAAAUCGACAAGCAGGCGGAUGCCGCGUUGCGCGAGCUUUUCCCCCGGAUCCCGAACACCGACCGACAACAGAUCAUCGAUCAUGCCUUCCAGAAAGGGAGACAUUUCAAAGGCGACCUGGUCGUAGGGUUGCAGCAGGAUCUUUCUCUUUCACGGCGAGUGCAGCUUGCCGUCCUGGCGCACAUUCGGCACAACCACACCAGAUAUGACGAGCUUCUUAGGGAGACAUCGUGGCACAAUGCCAGAAGAGCCACAGAGCAGCUCUGCCUGGACAUCCUCGUCAAGUGGCGAGGUGACGACGAGAACGGCCGCAAUCAGCUUGACGAAAUUCUUCGCGAAGUCGUGGUGUUAUCUGACGACUCAGAUGAUGAGGAAUCGGGCGAGGAGCCCGACUCCGAAUCAUCAGAGAUACUCAUUGACAGGCCGCACAACACUGGCAGAGUGUCGGCGCCAGCCGCAUCCCAGAAUGUCGCCAGCCACCGCAAACGCUUGUCGACGGCCAUUUUAUCCCGUCCGGGGUCCCCAGUGCCCCAUGCGACGCCCGGAACAUCUAAGAGAAUCGCCAAAAGGGCGCGCAAACGCGCUAAUCAUCGUGAGCGCAACUUCAGCCGAUACGAGGCUGCCAGAGAUGCCGCCUGGGAUAGCGCUAUGCGGCGGCAAAGAGCCCCCGAUUGUCGUUCGGACCAGCCAGGUAUGGCGGACAGUUCCGCAAGUCACGGCCGGCCUGCUGCACCUAUCGACAACAGAGCUCCUGUAAAUGAUGACGGCUAUCCGCAUCCGCAGGCGAGGCCUCUCCCUGGCCAGUUCGGCAACAACUUGUAUGAGGACAGGCAGCAUAUGGACGGUGCUUAUGCGGCGCGGUCCCAUCCUAUGCGCUCUCUGUAUUUGCCAUCCAGUUCCACAAUGCAAAAGGUAAAUGACACUAGCAACACUCUCAGUCGUUGCCUCAUGAAUCAUGGAACCGCUCGGUCAUCGGAGAGUCACCAACUGCAAGACUUCCUACAUCCCUCUAUUGAGCCAAAGUCCCCCGACUCUAUCCGAUCUCCAUCACGCUAUACUCGUGGCAUGGUGGAGUACACGGAUCGCAGGGGUGACGAUCUGCAAUGCCGCUUGAACUCCCUACCUCGUGGCCCAGUUGCGCGAGAAGAUCGCCACUUGCAGCGACCUCAGAUUCAACAGAGUUAUUCCGUACAUGCCAGACCUUCGGCCAGAGACCAGGACCUCGUUCGAGCCCCUGAGAUGCCAAUUCACCGUGUGCCACAUGAUACCACUCGAGCGGCAGGUCAUCAGCCAGUACGGGAUUAUGGUUCUGCUAGACCACAUGGCUACAUUGACAGGAUUGCGCACAAGGAAGAGCAGUACGGGCGACUUGACAGGGUUCUUGGCGAGAAGGCCAAUCCCAUUAUGAUUGAGGACCAGACCGUCCAUCCAGGCACAGCCUACCGCACGGGCGAAAGUGUCAGGGACAGAUUCGGGCCCGGUGUCGAGAUACUGGCCGUUCGCCGCCCCAGACAUGAUGAUGGCCCGGAAACAUAUCGGCCCAUUCCCAUGGAUGAGGGCUUCAUUCGUCUGCGAGAGGAUCGCCCUACAGAGCAACGAAACGGGCUGGCAGAGGAGGGUUUCCUCAGACUCAGGGAAUGCCCUGUCACCCGCCCUGGGCCUUCUUUCGGUGAUCAUCGGGCCUAUGGUGUGCCUCAGUUCCGGCCGGUCGACAUUCCUGGACAAGCCGUUUACGUGAGACGUGCCGAGCGAGCGCCCCCCGCUGAACUUUCAUAUCAUGGACCUGGCCAUGGUCGCGUCGAGGGAUUCAGACCCGAGAGGGUUGUACAGGGCGACUUUCUAUCUUCUGCGGAUGGUGGAAUGCCAAUCGAACAUCGUCAAUACCAUCCAUUGCAGGGAACAACAUAUGGUAUACCUGUUCAUCGACAGGCGAGGCCGAUGCAACGAGGAGGGGACCCGUUCAGAUUCGACCAAUACCCACCAUCACCACCUCCUGCACAGCGCCACUGGCCACGUGCAGACGACGGCGUGAUUGUUCUUGAAUGA